AUGUUCAACGACCGCAUUCUCCGUGUCGUCUACAUCGAGUCUGCCCUCUCAGAACGCAAGAUAUAUGAUACAUUCGCCGCGUGCGGUAAAAUACAAGCGAUCCACGCCUCCGACUCAUACUUCCUAGAGUUUGCCUACGAAUUCAGUAUGAGACAAGCGCUUUCCAUGAAUGUGCCUGGGACAACCGUCGCUGCCGUCGCCUCUUCCCCUGCGUUGAUAACACGCUUCAACGACAUCCUACCUCCUGCGCGCUCCACACUUCCUCUCUUCUUUCCUUCACCAUCUCCCGGUCCCUCCCCAGUCCCUAGCACUAGCUCCAGCGCACAGCCGGCACCGACUACGCGAGAGCCAGGACGUUCAGCGCAGCCGCGUGAGCCUCUCGUGCUUCCCGAGCGACCCUCCUAUGACCAGAAAAUCGGCAAGCGUGUCACAGCUAAAAGGCAGGCGUCACGAUUGACGCAAGUACAUACGGGCCCAUCGUCAUCCAUAUCCUCCGCAUAUAGUCAGUCGGAAGCCCAAUCGACGCAGUCUAGUGGCGUCCUGCGGCCAUCGAGGACCGCGGCCGAGCAUGGGAAUGCAGAGAGGAGAAUCCCUGUCUCGCAGAUGAAUGCAACGCCUGUGGCUGCUUCCACGGCAGUGUUCCCCUUCCCUGCUGGGCAGCUGUCUACCGCCUACUCUCAUUUGCACAGUAUCUCCCCUUCUGCGUCACCGCUUGUUCCAGCGUCAUCUUCCGUCCCGAGUACAGGUUAUAAUACCACAGGAUCCUUUGCCCCUCAAACAUAUGGGCCCACACGUCGUCAAAAUGCGGAUGCCAUGGAUAUCGAUGGAGACAAGGAGAACCUCACUAUAUCUGAAAUCCCUAAUCCCUUGCUGCGAACUGGGAAGGACAUAAUGGCUAUCUCAUAUCCGUCUCCCUCGAGCACGUUAUCUGCACCCCUUUCCCGUGGUAACAAUACACCAUCGCUUGGCAAUCAAUCGACUAAUUGCAGUACGACGCUAUCCACGACCACUGUUCCGCAGCCUGCUGUCCCACCGACCCCUUCGCCCUACAUUACGCUCAUUUUCCGCGGCUCACAAGUGAAUGUGGACCUGAGUACACUCGAAGACGAUCCUACGGGUAUUAUUACUGUAUUGCAUACGACUGCAGCGAGCGCGCUCGAACGUGACAAGUGGAUGAUCGUUGCGGCGACCUAUCGUGGCAGUGGGCGGCUGCAGGCAGCGCUCGCGGCCUGCGCGACCCCGCUUCCCGCUUCGCAGAGCGAGAAAGAGGGGCGUCACUCCUUAGCAAAUACCACGAACUUGCCCCCGCACGCGCCAAUACCUGUCUCUAUUCCCAUUCCUCACACUGGCGCCGACAAGGCUGGCGGCGUUCAGGAGGUCGUUGGGCUCGUGGAACUUCGUUCGGCGAAGCGACGCCUGGAGGAGGAGUUGCGCACGGAGCGGGUUGUCCGCCAGCGGCUAGAGGGAGAGCUGAGCGAUUGCGAGGCCGCUCGAGUGCGCGCGGAGGCGGAGAAAACAAAGGCGGAGAAAGGGAAGGAGCUGGCGGAGGCAGCGCGUGCGGAGGCGGACGGGCGCGCGAGGGAGGCGCAGGAAGGAGAGCGUCGGGCGCGGGGAGAGGUGGCGGUGAAUGGCGAUGGUGACGCGGGGAGGUCGUUGUGGAGAGGUGCGUUCGGAGCACGACGCUCUGAUUUGGCGAAUAUGCAUGGAGGCGUCGACGCUGAAUUUCAUAUCCGUUGUGGCGAGGCCAGCGCCGCAUUUCUGCGUUUACGGACAGCGUGCGUUGUGACCAUGGCUAGCAUUCUGCUUCUCGCUGGUAUGUCGACCUCCUAUCCAAGCCUAUGGUCCUUUCGCGAUCACAAAUGCACUAUUUGGGGUAUCACAGUCGAGGUCAUGACAGUGUUGCUGUUCUUGAUAUCCGCAGUGUUUGCAGCUAUCAGAGUAUAUGCUGUUAGCGGGAAAGGGUAUAUUCCUACUGGUAUCACUUUGGUGUUUGGUAUCAUACCUAUCAUCCCUGAAUUUCGACUCUUUUCCCCCGCAUUUGUGUCAUGA